AUGUCGGACUGGGGCCCCGUGGUGAUCGGGCUGGUGCUGUUCGUGCUCCUCUCGCCGGGGCUGCUCGUCCAGCUCCCCGGCCGCCACCACUUCGUGGAGUUCGGCAACCUGCAGACCAGCGCCGUCUCCAUCCUCGUCCACUCCAUCAUCUACUUCGCGCUCAUCACCCUCUUCGUCAUCGUCAUCGGAGUGCACAUCACCACCGGCAACUAG